AUGUCAACUGAUAUAAAUAUGUCUCCAACUGAUGAAAAACGAGCAAAAUUACUUCGAAAAUCUCGCUCAGUUCGUUUGAUUAUCAGAGAGUUCGGUCUGAACACAUCAACCCAUGGCAUUCCGGGUAUAGCACGCAGUGAAAGCAUGCACAAUCGAAUCUUUUGGUCAAUAUCAACACUUAUCUUUACAAGUAUAAUGACCUAUUUCAUUGUUCAAACGAUUCGAUCAUACUUCCAGUAUCCUACACAAACAUCUGUGUCUAUUGUUACCCAAUGGCCGCAGCCUUUUCCCGCAGUGACCAUAUGUAAUUAUUCUCCUCUAAGAUACGAUCGAGUGAUAAAGCCAUUUUUGAAUUAUACAGCAGCAUUAAACUUAACCAAUAUAACUGAUACAACGAACUUUACGAAGGCAUAUGUACCAUACCUUAGGCAGUUCCUAAUUGACAAAUUCAACCAAAAUGAAUCGGUAAAUGAAUAUUUAUAUUCCCUCGAAUCCAUGAUGAUGUUCUGUUCCUUCAAUGGUCUUUCGUGCACAGUCGCUGACUUUACUUGGUUUCUAUCACCACAAUACGGUCUAUGUUAUACAUUCAAUGCUAACCCGAAAGAUUCCUUGAAUAAACAUAUCAGGAAUACUGGAGAGAAUGGAGGAACUGGUACACUAGAAUUACAUCUAUAUAUUCAUCAACAUCAAAAUGUGCCUUAUAUGACCAACGGGGUGGGUGCAGUAGUCUUAGUUCAUGAUAACGCUCAAGUACCAAUUAUCGAACAGAAAUGCACACGGCUUGCACCUGGGCGGCAUCAUCGAUUAGGAUAUGGAAUAAAACAGAGUACUUUCUUGCCAUUGCCUUAUACUUCAUGCAGUGAUCAAGUUAACGUAGGAAUGCAAGCUAUGUAUACUCAAUAUCAUGAUACUAAUUAUGGAUAUUCGCAAAAAAUAUGCUAUACCGCUUGUAUACAAGCCUAUAUAUACCAUAAAUGUGGUUGUGGAAGUCCUUUUUACUGGACUACAAGUCUUGUUGUCCUUCCUGGCAGUGAUAAAUCGAUUCAUAUACCAUUUUGUAACAUUAGCGAUUCAUGCUAUACUCAAGCACAAGCCGAGGCUAUGACUACAGAAAGUAUUUGGACUUAUUAUUGUUCUGAUUGUGGACAAGAAUGUAGUUUCAACGAGGUUCCUAUAGCUUCAACAUCAGUCUAUUCACCACCUGCGUAUUUGAUGAAUGAAAUAAAGACAUUCGUUGAAUCAACGGACGUUCCAUUACCGACGAAUUGGUCAACGACGUGGACAUCCGAAAUCCUUCUGAGCUAUGUUUCAUUAGAAGUUUCUUUUGAAACGACUCGAACCGAAAUCUAUGCUCAACAAGCGUCAAUUGGUCCAGUUGAUGUUCUUUCCAAUGUCGGUGGACAAACGGGUCUUUGGAUAGGUAUUAGUUUCCUUUCGCUAAUGGAAAUCGCCGAAAUGAUCUAUCGACUUCUUCGUUCACAGUAUCAUCGCUUUCGACGCUUCGCGGUUUGA